AUGAUUGGCGAUUUGGCUCUCAUGUGCCCUGAAUUCAUUCAACCAGAAGAUAUCAGCUGGAUUAAGCCUCAGUUGGUUUCCAUUUUGAUAAACAUGACAACUAGGAGGUAUAUGGGGCAUAAAAUAACAAUUAGACCAAAUGCAAAGUUGAGUGCUUUAUUCUUGCAAAGAGAGAAGAUGUCAUGGGGGAGUUUCUCAAGUAAAGUGAAAUCAGCUAUUUUCAAAGAGAGAACCUUGAAGAGAAAAAAAAAAUGA